AUGACGUUCCUCUCCAGUCGUCGCCGUUCCCAAUCAGAGGUCGCAUCGCCUGACCACUCUGUGCAGGAACGGGAGAGACAAGAAAUACCUGUCGCGAGUCAUGCGUCCUCGGGUUCACAACAGGGUGCAGCGACUGACUCGGGCUCGGGCAUCCUCCAUGGCUUAUUUCGAAGAAAGAGCGAGAGCUUGCUGAAAUCGGAUUCGUCGAGCUCGAAAUCUCGGACAUUGAGCCGGGGUCCUGUCCCCAAAAUUGACACUAGGCAGCCCAGACAGCCUGACAGAGGUCGCGAAAGUAGCCGACAUAGCAAUCGCUCGCGUUCUCACUCUGGUCAUUCUACACCAAAAACGCCUGGAAGUCCGGAGCAGACUUCAGCUGUUGCUCAUGGUGAACCAAAGCAACCCAGCAAUAUUCAGGAUUACCUAGAAUUCCGCCUUGAUGAGGCGACCAAGCUCAAAGAUGGCCAGUCACCAGACGAGGCGGCGCUCACGAAAAAGGACAUCAAAGCUAUUCUCUCUGGAGCUCCGCAUUUCUUGCUCGAGAGAGGCAAGCAUGGUCGUUGGUACCCGCAAGUCAUCUUUCCCUGGGAUGAACACCAUCCAUCUAUUCUCCGCAUGCUAGAUCGCAAGCCGUUGCCUCAUGCUUCAUUCACCCUUUGUACUCUCCAUGCGCAUCUCCCAGUGCCAGAUGACUGGGCCGUGAAGGGUGGUGUUCCUCUUCCGUUACACAGCUGGCACCGGUCCGGAGGGUUCAAAAGAGCUUCAUUUGAUGUGGGCGUCUUCGAGGUACCGAACAUGUUAGCCAAUAACGGGAGAGAGCCAGGGACCAUUGGAUACCGGCACUUCUUGGAAUGCGAUAUCGCUGAUAUGGUUCGGUACUCUGGACGCCCAGAGCCCAAGAUGGACCCGGACUUUCAGCGACUCGCGCAACUUCCUGCAACCGAAGCAUUUGGACUGAUAGAUGGCUACAACAAACCGUAUUCGCAGUGUCACAGUGGUGCUGUGCUUGAUCGACGCCAACUUUUGCAGGAGGGGCCCGCUGCAUGGAAGCGCAUCGGAGUACGAGAUAUUAAUCUACGGUCCCUAGUGCAGCGCUUGACACACUUGCGACAAUUGCGUUUGAAAAUCCUCCUCGAUAGAUCGACGAUGACGGUUUUGGACAUCGAAUCAUCUCAUGAACUACAUACCAUUUUACAUACCCAGUUUCUCUAUCCUCAUCCGCCACUUGAAGGUCUGAUGCCCGGACACCCAGAGAGUCUCAAAUCGCAAAUUAAGACAUUGACGACCGUCCUCGCUACACCCGGAGCAUGGAUCGAUUUCAGUCUUCCCGAGUGGCGCAUCCGAGUAGGUCAGGUUCUAUGGGAAGCACCCCCGCACGUAGACGGGGACUGCUUCGAAGAAGGUAGCGGCGGCGAUCCAUCGCAAAAGCCAUGGAUGAAUGCUGGUAUGGACCGAAAGUGGCUUCUAAUUCAACUGUUACUUGCAGCGGAGCUACUGAUUCGUCUCGAUGCGUUUGUUCGCAUGGGCAUGUUACACGAUCCCCACGGCGGUCUCCUGACCACGCAAGAGCUCCAGAAUUAUGAGAGAUUGCGAGAGGGCAAAGUAAACUGGGAUCUCAUCGUCGCGCGGCGAUUCCUCGACAAUCUGGAAAUUGAAUAUGGUUCGACCCCAGCUGAGGGUUCACCAGUUGGCACCCCGUCACCAGGAUCAUUCGACAAAACCACCAGCAAACAUUCUCGCUUUUCGUUUCUUGGGUCUAUCAAUCGUCGCCUUACAUCAUUCACUGAGCCCGAUCGCCGCUCAGCAUGGCAAUGUAAUAUCAGUUCCCCGCAUAUCCGCCAGCAAUUGGAAGGACUAUGCGUCUUUGCAGAAAACAUUGGAUGGCCGAAUGUCGACACACUCAGGACUACUUUAGAACAGAAACUCCGCAACGGCAACCAGACUUUAACUUUCCCCCCAAUAGACACCGAGUCGCGUCGACCAGCACCGGAAAAGGCAUCAAGCGAACCUGCGGCCGUACGAUUAGGGAAAGGAGAUAUGUACACUCGAAGCCAGUCUAGACGGUGCAUAAAACUCCGCAGUCCCUGCAUAGACGACGAAGAUCCACACGCAUCUGACACUCUAGGCUGGAUCUCUCGAACUUGGUUAUCAGGCUUUGUCGUACCCGGCGAAGGAAUAAGCCACCUCCUCAUUGGGACUCUUCUAGAGAACGACACCAACGCAAUCCAGCAACUAGGACCGACGGCCAAUCUCUACGGCGGCUUUAUAUACGGCGACCGCAGCUGGUGGAGCAAGGCAUGCAUCGUCGGCCGUGUCUUGUCGGCGUUAGAUUGUGCCCAGACUUGCAUGGGAUGGGUCGGUAGUGAUGUGGUUCCCCGCGAUGUGAAUACCUUGAGCCCAUUAGCUCCGGGCUGGUUUGAAGUCCAGGUUCAGCGGAUACCGCGCUCGGGUUCGACUUCAGCCGCGUGCCGUCCUCGUAUCAAACAGGGAGGCAAGCUUGCGUUGGAGUCAACCCCGCUCGGCACGGGUGAUAUCAGUGCUGAUGCGUUUACGUUGCCGGUUGAUCGACCUGCUGCGAGUGAUCCCGGGCCGACCGUGAGGCUCGAAGCGCUUACUUUGGCUGUGAAGACACCUCGCAGGAGGAACAUACUUGUGAGCGAUGAGGCUUCUAUUUCAUUUGCUCUUGAGACGAAGUCGAACUCCGAGUCCGAGUCUCAAUUACCGACUACGAUCACGUUACCACUCACAUACAAUGUGCGCUUUAUAUCCGGCCAUGAAUGUCGUCCACCACUCGGCUUCCUAUCGCAUCACCAAGACAAAUGUGAUCACACAAAAACAACAGACUGGAGUGAAUUCAAACGUCUACCCGGCCAUCCAUUGCACCGAUCGUUCUCGUACAAGAACGUCACUCUCGAAUCCCUGCCUCAGCACCCAGCCCCAUCGCCCAACCCCGAUGGAUCCCAUGAGGUCAUCGUGGUCGAUGCGCGCGGAUCCCGGAACAAGGAGACAUUCGUCCGAGCAUGGUGCGCGUCAGUAGGCAGUCACGCGUUAAUCGGUCGCGUCGGAAGAACAUGCAUCGCAUGUUGUGUCCGAGAAGCACGUGCAAUUGACGUGCAGGUCGUGGUCCGAGUAGGAGACUACUAG